UACGUUUCCCGAGAGGGACAACUGGACAAACUAAAGCGCCAGCAAAGUCGGCAGGGUUCGUUAACUCGCAGUUUCGCUACUGGAUUAUCUAAAACAAGUCAUGUCUGGACGCGGUAAAGGAGGCAAAGGUCUAGGAAAGGGCGGCGCUAAGCGUCAUCGUAAAAUUUUAAGAGACAACAUCCAGGGCAUAACCAAGCCUGCUAUCCGUCGUCUAGCUCGCCGCGGUGGUGUGAAGCGUAUCUCUGGUCUGAUCUACGAAGAGACUCGCGGAGUCCUGAAAGUCUUCCUUGAGAACGUCAUACGUGAUGCUGUGACCUACACCGAGCACGCCAAACGAAAGACAGUGACAGCCAUGGACGUGGUCUACGCUCUCAAACGCCAAGGACGUACUCUCUACGGAUUUGGUGGUUAGGGAAGUGCCUGACUACAAGCUCCCCCUUAAAAAAACGGCUCCUUUAGGAGCCAACAAGUCUAACGAAAGUCCCGACCAGCAAUAAAUGCGAUUCAUUUUUAACAACAGCAACAAACAGUUCUAUGUUGAACUUUAAUUUGCGUUACCUUAGUGAUGUAAAACAGAAGUUAAGAGUUGCAAUAAUAGCUGACAUUUUUUUUGAUCAAAGUUCUGUGUAUGUAAAGUGUUGGGUUUUAGGUGUCGAGCGUUGAUCAAAUUAAGCGCUUGCAAACAAGGCCGUCGAGAUAAGAGUUAAAUUAUGGUGUGUGUUUUCAAGACCAAUCUGUUAACAAUUUUAAGUUGGAAUAGUCUUUCAGUAGGCAAAUGAGAUGACUGAGACAACUAUAACUUUUUUUUUUAUAAGAACGUUAAGGCUGAGAUUAACCAAGAUUUUAAGAACAUUCUCCCAGAACAUUCCUCGGGUUGAGAGUCGGUUAAGAACGUUUUUAUUCCGCUACUCUGUCGAUUAGAUGACAAGCAUAAAAUAAGGGUGACAAAAAAAUGUAAACUAACCCAACUACUUACGGGCACGCUUUGUAUAACAUUAACAAUGGUUUUCCUAUUGCAUGACACACAUCUCGGCUUGUAGUAAUCAGCAGUAGUUCUUAUUCAUAACUGUUGCAUUCUUUCUGUAGCACGCGCCAGCGAAUAUCUAGAUUUGCAAACUGCAUGAUGAAUACACCCAC